CCCUGCCGAAACCUGUCGCCGUCGCCCUGGAGCGGAUGCUCUGGGGCAGAAAUGCCGCCACCCAGUCGUUCUCUACUAUGGCUUGGCCUGGUCCUGGGUGCUGUCUGUGCCUCCCGCGGACCCGCGGCGCCAGGCAACGCCACAGAUCCUCUGAAUGUCCUUCUCAUCAUCGUGGAUGAUCUACGCCCCUCGCUGGGCUGUUACGGGAACAAGCUCAUAAGGUCCCCAAACAUCGACCAACUGGCCUCCCGCAGCCUUCUCUUCCAGAAUGCCUUUGCCCAGCAAGCUGUGUGCGCCCCGAGCCGCGUGUCCUUCCUCACUGGGAGGAGACCAGACACUACCCGCCUGUAUGACUUCAACUCCUACUGGAGGGUGCACGCUGGAAACUUCUCCACCAUCCCCCAGUACUUCAAGGAGAACGGCUACGUGACCAUGUCGGUUGGAAAAGUCUUUCACCCUGGCAUAUCUUCCAAUCAUAGUGAUGAUUCUCCAUAUAGCUGGUCUGUUCCACCUUAUCAUCCCUCCUCUGAAAAGUAUGAAAACACCAAGACCUGUAGGGGACCGGAUGGAGAACUCCAUGCCAACCUGCUGUGCCCCGUGGAUGUGGUGGAUGUGCCUGAGGGCACCCUGCCUGAUAAGCAGAGCACUGAGCAAGCUAUACAGUUGUUGGGAAAGAUGAAAACAUCGGCCAGUCCUUUCUUCCUGGCUGUGGGGUACCAUAAGCCACACAUCCCCUUCAGAUACCCCAAGGAAUUUCAGAAGCUGUAUCCCUUGGAGAAUGUCAGCCUGGCUCCUGACCCCCAGGUCCCCGCUGGCCUUCCUCUGGUGGCUUACAACCCCUGGAUGGACCUCAGGCAGCGGGAAGACGUCCAAGCCUUAAAUCUCAGUGUGCCCUAUGGCCCAAUUCCUGCUGACUUUCAGCGGAAAAUCCGCCAGAGCUACUUUGCCUGUGUAUCCUAUUUGGAUACACAGGUCGGCCGCCUCUUGAGUACUCUGGACGACCUUCAGCUGGCCAGCAGCACGAUCGUGGCACUUACCUCAGAUCAUGGAUGGGCUCUGGGUGAACAUGGAGAAUGGGCGAAAUACAGUAAUUUUGACGUCACUACGCGAGUACCUCUGAUGUUCUAUGUUCCUGGAAGGACAGCCCCGCUUCCGGUGGAAGGCGAGAAGUUUUUCCCUUACCUCGACCCUUUUGAUUCCAUCUCAGAAGUGCCAGAGCCAGGCCGGCAAACUGGGGACCUGGUGGAGCUGCUCUCUCUCUUCCCCACACUUGCUGGACUUGCGGGGCUCCGUGUCCCUCCACGCUGCCCCAUCCCCUCGUUUCACAUGGAGCUGUGCCGAGAAGGCCGGAACCUCCUGAAGCUCUUUGAAGGCCGUGGUGAAGAAGAGGAGCCCCACGUCCGCGGUAAUCCCCGGGAGUUGAUCGCCUAUAGCCAGUAUCCUCGGCCUGCAGACUCUCCUCAGUGGAAUUCUGACAAGCCGAGCUUAGAAGAUAUAAAGGUCAUGGGCUAUUCCAUACGCACGGUAGACUACAGGUAUACUGUGUGGGUGGGCUUCAAUCCCCAGGAGUUUCUGGCUAAUUUUUCAGACAUCCAUGCAGGGGAACUAUAUUUUGUAGCUUCUGACCCUUUGCAGGAUCACAAUGUGUAUAAUGAUUCCCAGGGUGGAACCCUUCCCCAAUCAUUCAUGCCUUGAGUUCGCCAACCACAGAGAUCAUAUAUAAUGCCAGUGAGAGAAGGAAUUAGAGCUGGUUUUUCAUGAUUACCCAUACUAUCAGAUUCAACCCCAGGGGCAGGGAGUUAAAACUGCAUCAGUAAUUUGGCCUAAGAAUAUGUAACAGCCACAACUUUUGAUUUUGUCAUAAUUGGGCUGAACUUUUUCUUUCUUUUUUAUUUUUAUUUUUUUUGGUAACAGUCAUAGCUUAUUUAUUGAAUGAAUAAGCACAGAGUGAGCAAGUUGAAAUUGUCAUAGCUUCAGCUAUCAAGAGCAUAGUAACUGAACAUAGCACUGUACUCAAGAAAUAUAAUACUUCAAUUAUUUGUGAAAUGUAGUACAUUUCAAAG